AUGGAGCCGGGCAGAGGGAUCCUGGCCAAGAUGCCGGACGGGAAGGACAGGCAGCGCUUCCUGCUGGCGGUCAUCAGCCUGACCAUCGCUGUGGACCAGAGCAGAGCGGUGGCUGUGGAGCUGGAGGACCUGAAAGCAGCCGUGCUGGAGAGGGUCAUGGACCUGAUGGAGAACAUCUCAGUGGAGGCUGACCGAAAACACAUCCUGGCGUACAGCAUAGAUGCCAUCCUCUGCCUCAGCGACCCGAAGCUCAGCCUGGAGCCAGCGCUGGAGUCGCGCCUCCUGCGGGCCGCCAUAGAGAAGAGCUUCGUGGCCAUAGGGCGUGAGACCCAUCGCAACCAGGUCAUGCAGCAGCUGUACGAGGAGUACCUGGAGAGCCUCCUGUGCUGCAUCUUGUCCAGCGCCCCCAGCCUGGCCAAGCUCUACUCCAUCUGGGAGCACUUUACAUCAUGGAUUGAGCCGUCGGAUGCCCAGCACCGUGCACUGGGCAUGAAGAUGUUUACUGGUGUCAUUGCCUUUGCUGUACAGCUCCUCCCACAGUUUGAGGGCUCCCCUGACAUACCGGAGGUCGGAGACAUGGCAGCCUGCCUGGGUCUGAUGAUCAACGACCCGAAGGAAACCAUCAGCUGCAAGACCAGGGCGGGCAUGUAUUUGCUCGCUCAAAUCUUCCUUCAUCAGAGGGGACAAGACAUGCGAGGGGCAGAGGAGCUGCGGUGCAAGCACCAGAUGGAGCAGAGCCAGGUCCAGAAGUACAGGGACCUGGCGAGAGUGGGAGAGGGCCUGAGAAAGAUCUUGCUGGAGGAGCAGAGAAAAUCUUUCCUGCAGAGGGCCCUUCAUGCAGUUCACAGUGGACAGAUGCACAUCAGCCAAGCUGGGCUUGUCUUCCUGUAUGCAAUCCUGGGGGAAGCCAGCUGCUUGAAGGGACACAAGGUGUGAUAGGGAGAAUACAAAUACACCUACCAGCAAGGGAGAGCCUGAAAUGAUUAUCUUGCAUCCAGCUGCCAGCAAGGUCAUGAAUUUGUAUUAGAAGCAGGAAGAGGAGAUCAACAACAACACUUAUUAGAAAAGAAAAUUUGAUAUGAAAUUUAUUAGUCUAAAAC